AUGGCCGGGAGAAAGUCGACCAAGCUGAAAAAAGCACCCAUUGCCAGUCCAUUCCGAGCGCCGCAAAAGGUGUGUUUUUUUAUUUCAAACACACUCGAUUAGUAAUGACAGCUCGCGCCCGAAAUAGCCCUCCGUUUCGAGAGUUUGAACUUUUAACUUUUAAAAUUUUUUUGGUAAAAUGGUGAUAGUAAAAGCAUAAUACUGUUUUAGUAUAGCAAAAAUGUCAUUCCUAGACCCACACUAGGCAUAACCCCUUUUAUAGAACUAAAAGUAAUCAUUUUUAAAAGGUGGAAGUUGAGUGGAAGAUUUGUAAUGUAAUUUGCACUAAAAAUCUUCCACUUAAUUUCCACUUUUAAAAUGUCUUUAAAUUGCCUAAAAACGCAUUUUUAACACAUUUUAGAGUUGGAAUUAAGGUGGAAGAUUUGUAAUGUAUUUUGCAUUGAAAAUCUUCCACUCAAGUUCCACUUAUAAAAAGUCUUAAAAUAGCCUAAAAAAGCAUUUUUAACACUUUUUAAUAAUGGAAGUUUGGUGGAAGAUUUUCAGUGCAAUUUACAUUACAAAUCUUCCACUCAACUUCCACUUUUUUAAAAAUUGCAUAACCGUACCAAAAACUUCUAUUGGUCUUUCUAAGCCUAACAAUGCCAUGCCUAACCCUAUAUUACCCUAUAGUAUACUUUUCAGCUCAAUAAACAUAUUAUAAAAUACCAAAAACUAGCAUGAUGUGCUCAUUACCACACCUACUACCACACAUAUUAGGUUAGUUACACAUUUUCAACUGUCAGAUUACCUAUUUACAACAUGUUGUUAUUCUUGUUAUAACAACAAAAAUCCCCCUUCUUUUGGCUCAUGAAGACGGCAUGGUAAAAACAACACGCAAUUGGUGGAAACAGGAGGAAGGAACGGAAAUAAUGGAUUAGAGCAUUAAUAAUGGCGCUUUAAAGACUUUUUGCGCUUUUUAGCUCUUUCUUAGUCCGCUCUCUUGCCUUUCUUGCAGAAUCUAAGCCUAAAGCAUGCCAAACUUUUAAGCCUAAAUUAUUUUUAAAAACGCGCAAUCGUCUAAGCCUACGAUUGGAUUGGGGCUAGAAUUUAUGCUCCGGCUAAGGCUAAGGCUAAAACUAAGGCUAAGGCUAAAGCUAAGGCUAAGGCUAAGGCUAAGGCUAAGGCUAAGGCUAAGGCUAAGGCUAAGGCUAAGGCUAAGGCUAAGGCUAAGGCUAAGGCUAAGGCUAAGGCUAAGGCUAAGGCUAAGGCUAAGGCUAAGGCUAAGGCUAAGGCUAAGGCUAAGGCUAAGACUAAAGCUAAGGCUAAGGCUAAAGCUAAGGCUAAGGCUAAGGCUAAGGCUAAGGCUACGGCUAAGGCUAAGGCUAAGGCUAAGGCUAAGGCUAAGGCUAAGGCUAAGGCUAAGGCUAAGGCUAAGGCUAAGGCUAGGGCUAAGGCUAAGGCUAAGGCUAAACCUAAAGCUAAGGCUAAGGCUACAUUAUUUUCAUAA